AGCGGCUCAACCGAACAACCGCUUACUUCCUGAAAGGAGCGCUAUGGGCUGGAGUGGCGACGGCAAGGGCUGGGACAAGGGCGGCUGGGACAAGGGCGGCUGGGACAAAGGCUGGGACAAAGGCUGGGGCAAAGGCUGGGGCUAUGGUAUGAUGCCCAUGUACAGCAUGUUCCCGCCCAUGUGGGGCAUGAAGGGCAAGGGCAAGGGCAAAGGCAAGCAGCUCAAGGUUGAGGACAACUUGAAGGUGUGGCUGGGCAACGUGCCUGAGAGCAUUCGAUGGAAGGAGCUGCAGGAGCAUGUGGACCAGCACGUGAAGAGCAAGUGGGUGGAGAUCUUCCGCGGCAAGGGCAAGGGCACUGCCGCGGUGGUCUACGCCACGCCGGAGGAAGCCUCCCAAGCGAUCUCCCAGCUCAACGGGAGCUCCAUCGGUGGGCAGUCCCUGGUCGCCGACAGCUGGGCGCGAGGAAACAAGGAGUGAACCGAAAGCAAUUGCGAUUUUUUCCAGCCUAUGAGAAAACAUGC